AUGGAAGCGCUUAAACGUUUAGGCCGAAAUCGUGUGACGCGUUUAAAUGAAUUUGGCCUCACCAAAGCAACAAAUCGUCGUAACUAUGCACAUUUACACACUUUAAUCGGUUUUGUGCUCGGUUUUUUGAUGGCAUUUGCCACUUUACUGUUCUAUGACCGCCAGUUGCUAUCAUGCGAACAAAUCGAGCAUCACAGCAUUUCCACAGAACAUUUUUAUGAUUAUUUUGUGAGCAGCGGCUUUGCCGUGAGCAGUAGUAGUAGUGGCGGUAGCAGUGGCAGUGAAAAUCUCAUCCGUGACAAUGAAUUUUUAAUCACUUCAACACAGUCAACACAAGGUUCAGCAAGUACAGCAGCAUCCGGUAGUGAAAAUGUUAUGGAUUUUACUGAAAUAGACCUGCAUCAACAUUUAGAGAGCGAGGUGCGCGUGCUGUGUAUGGUGCUGACCUGCCCUAAGUACCACAGCAGCCGGGCGGCACAUGUGAAGGCUACUUGGGGUCAACGUUGCACGAAACUAAUAUUCGUAAGUAGUGUUCCUGAUGAGGAAUUGGGUGUAGUGAAUGUCAUCGAUGAAGAAGCGGAUACUUAUCAUGAUUUAUGGAACAAAACGCGUGAAGGAUUUCGUUAUGUACACGAGCAUUUUUUAGAUGAUUAUGACUGGUUCCUAAAAGCGGAUGACGAUACUUAUGUUAUCAUGGAAAAUUUGCGAUACAUGCUCUAUGCUUAUAGCCCUGAUAUGCCCAUUUACUUUGGCUACAAGCUCAUCCGAUACAAACUUGUAAGUAUUUAA